AUGGCUUAUAAGAAGCCCAUUUUUUAUUUAGAGGGUAAUGUUUUAGAGGAAUGUCUUAAUGCAGUAGAUAAGAAGAUGCUAUUAAAUGAUUUGUGGUGUGAAAUUCAUGCUUGUGUGAGUUUAGUGCAAAACAAUGAAGAUGAUUUAAGUGAUCUUGUCAAAAAACUUCGAACCAUGAAAAUAAAUUUGGAACAGAAGAAAACAACAAAUGGAAGCAAUAAUUUUUCUAGCAAAGUUAAAGACAUUGAAAUGCUUAUUGGAGCUAGUUUACCUUCUGAAGUUUUGAUCAAAGCUCCUAAAAUUUCAAAAAACAAAGGUACGGGGGUUCAUGUUCCAAAUCAGGUUAAUGUUCCAAAUAAUACUCAUAUUCCAAAUGAUAUUAAUGUUCCAAAUGAUAAUGAUACACAUGUUCCAAAUAGUGACAAGAGAAUGAAGAGUGACAGAGAAAGAGCGGUUGAACAAAGUCAAAAGAAGAAAAGAUUGCAUAGAGCAUGUGGAGAGCUUGGUCACCAUGAUAGUCGUAAUUGUCCAGGAAAGUCAAGUGAUAUUACUAAUCAACUUUUACAGCAACUAUGA